AUGCCGGCGAAACGCUUGAGAAUGUAUCAAAUUGGUAGCUUGGUGCGGCGAAUGGCAAAACUGACUGAUGAGGCCGACUACGAUGCCGGCGAAACGUUUGAGAAUGUAUCAAGUACUCUCGGAAUGCUGGGAAUCAUGACAACUACUAUGGCAGACGACUUCGGACUAGGUGCGUUCUACAUAGUCGCCCUGAGCUGGGAAUCAUGA